GACGACAUCAUUACAUUAGGACUAUAGGGAGGGCUAAUUAAUGUCAUUGGGGUAUAAAACAGAUAUCCUUUGCUGAAGAAAUAACAAUGCACAUGGGUGAGCCAAUCACACGAGGCCAAUUUGGGUUUAUUGUCCCUUUUACUACUUAGACUUGUAAGACAUGAGAGGUCUAUGGUUCAUCUUCUGGGGUCUAUCUCUGAUUCCCUUUUCCUUCACAAACCAUUCUGAAUGUGACUAUCAGACUCUUAUUGGAGAAGAUGCAGAUUUUUGUAGCAGUGACCUUCGUGUUCUAUAUCAGGACAUAGGAGAUGUAACCUGUCAGUACAUACCCAACUGCUUUGACUACCCUCUGAGCUUGAGCAAAAUAUGGGACAAUCCAUGGAUCAAAUACACCAAGGCCGAGCUGGGAAAGCUAUAUACCCUUAUCAUGGUGGAUCCAGAUGCUCCAACAAGGUCUGACCCAAAAUAUAGAUAUUGGAGACACUGGGUGAUGACUGAUAUACCGGCUCGGGACCUCCUAACAGGAAAAUCAAUAACUGGAAAGGUUUUAUCAGCUUACAAACGACCAACUCCCCCUCCUCAGACAGGAUACCACCGUUACCAGUUUUUACUCUAUAUUCAGCCUCUAGGAUCAUCACCCCACCUUCUCCCUAAUGAGGAAAAGUCUUUAGGUGCCUGGGAUGUUAACAGUUUUGCAUCACGCUCUGGCCUGGGUAUGCCUGUUGCCACAACCCAAUUCUUGGCUGAGAAUCCUCAACAAUAGGAUGCAUUGCAGCAGGAGAGAAAGUGAAGACAGAAUCCUCGCUUUAACUAGAUCUUCUGGAAAAAGAAUGAGUGGCCUGCUGAGUACAUUAUUGCUUUUCUUUCUUCUGCCAGUACAUUUCAAUGAUUGAGCACAUUGUGUUAAAUAGUUUACUGAUGUUUACAUUAUAGUUUAUACAUGCACUUUCAAGUGUAAAUACCUGUGAAGGUACAGUUCUUCAUAUGGAGAUUGAAGCUCUUCAAACUACACACAAAUCACAAAUAGUAUACAAUUUAAUGACACAGUGCUGAUACAGUACACUGCCAAUUGAGAAUUUUAUUUUUAAACUCCAUUAAGGCAUACCACUACACUACACUCUCUUUGUUACAUUGGGUUUAUAUAACAUGUGAAUGAGUGUUCAUUUACACAUACACACUCAUAGGAGUAAAUUUAACAAGAGACGAGCAGACAUGAUUCGCUGCUCGACCUCGCUAAAUACCAACAGCAUACGCUGUCUGCAUUUAACAUUGCACAAGCAUUUCCAGUGAAAUGCUUGUGCAAUGCCACACCCUUCUCACUCGCGGUCAAUCAGCCACUAGCAUAAGCCGUCAAUCAUCCCGAUCACAUAGGGAUGAUUUCAGUUCGCAACCUAAAAGGUGGCAGAGAAGUUAACAAGCAGCGGUCUUACGACUGCUACGUCUUAACUUCCAUUUCUGGCGGACCAGAAACGAUGGGGCUUCGAUGCAUCAUCCACUGCUUAAUAAAUCGACCCCUUAGUGAACUAUUUUUCUCUUGCAUUGUAUUCAAUAGUUUGUUGUAAUAUUGCUCUGUUAUAAUUAUUAAAAUUAUUUUUCCUGCAUGGUCAGAGAA